ACCUCAAACAGGUACUUGACCAACAAUACACAACAUGGAUGUCGACGAAGAUGACGAUUUUUACGCGCCCGAGGAGCCUGCGCAAGUGAGCUCUGAGCAGCAACAGCAGGCUGAACACGCGCCCCAGACCGAAGCCAAGCAGGAGGAUGAAGGUUUAGAGGAGGGAGAAGAGGAAGACGAGGCUUCAGAAGGGAGUGAUUCAGAUAUAGAUAUAAUCACAGAAAGAAAGGAUGGUACCAAAGCUGCUCCUCCUACGCAGCCGCGGUAUAACGAAAUCCGAAAUAUUCCCCAACGGAAUGCUGCUAGCGAUGCAGCUGCGAAGCCGCCGACGGGCAAAAAAGAAACUCCAUCCAAAGAAAUUCCAUCCACAUCAGGCGCGGAUCUACCAGGAAUUUCGACCUCCAAGAUCGACCUCGAUGCAAAGCCAAUCUACGAACCAGCUGGAAAACCAAUAACCCAAGUCAACAUUGACGAAGAUUUGAAUGAGAAUGAUAAGCCAUGGCGAAGACCAGGCACAGAUAUCAGUGAUUACUUCAACUACGGAUUCGAUGAGUUUACAUGGGCACUCUAUGCCAGCAAACAGGAGGCCCUGCGAUCAGAAUACAAUCAAGAAAAGAUUGCGCAGAAUAACAAGAAGAUGUUUGAGGAUAUGAAUAUGAUGAUGGCCAUGGGCGGUUUACCAGGAAUGCCAGGGGUGCCAGCCGGCCCAGGAGGAGCAACCAUGCCGGGCAUGGAAGGGAUUCCACCUGAGAUGCAAGCCAUGAUGCAACAAAUGAUGGCACAAGGGAUGGAUCCAAGUCAAAUGGAUCCGACGGCUAUGUUUGCGGGAAUGCAGGGUGUUCAGGCUGGUUCUGGAGGAGCAGGAGGGGCGCAAAGUGGCAAUCAAGGCCAAGGGUUCGGCGCUCAAGGUUUUGGUCAAGGCCAAAAUUCACAAAUGGGUUUUGGCUAUGAUCAGGGUAUGAUGAAUUCUGGAGACGCAAGGAAUCGUGGGGGAAACUUUGGUAGAGGACGCGGGGGUCGGAGAAACUGGUAG